AAAGAUCACAAAGCCACUUGAGCUUCCUCUGUGUACAUGAGAUGAAAGGAUCUACAGUAGAGGCGGAGGUUUGAGGGAGGAUGUAUGUCAACAACAGAACAAUCGUCCUACUCUUUUUAAUACUCUGAUUAAAAACAGUACAUUCUUCUAACUUGGUUAUUUUAGGUGAUCUAAUGAACAUUUCACAUCACAAUCAUCACAUGAUGAUAUGCACGUCUUGAGAAAACAGCAACUGCUUCAUGUGACCAUGGAUGUACAAAGUUCAUGAAAUUCCAGUAAAUUUGAUACUAGAGAUUGUUGUGGUCAUCUGUAGCGGUCGGUGUGCUGUUCUGAUCAUCAUUGUGCACUACAAGGUCCAAAUCAUCAAGAAUUCCGCAUACAACGGGCAAAAACAAAAUCAUCAACCUUGACAAAUAGUAUCAGUUUGUGAUUGCAGAAUGAACAUUACUGAUGAGAAUACAAUGGACAGUGACUACUAUGACUUGGACUAUGAAGACCAGAUGUGUCUCAAAGAUGAAGUGGUGAAAGUUGGAUCCAUGCUCAUUCCGCUUUUCUUCGCAUUAGUGGUUGUGUUAAGCUGCAUUGGUAACAUCCUUGUUCUGGUCAUUCUGGCGCUCUACAAGAACAUCAAAUCCCUGACCAAAGUGUUCGUCCUCAAUUUGGCUCUGUCAAAUUUGCUGUUCACUUUUGGACUUCCAUUCUGGGCCUCGUACUUCGUCUGGGGUUGGACGUUUGGAGAGAUUGGCUGUAAAGCGGUGAAGUUUCUGUUCUAUGUUGGCUUUUACAGCAGCGUGUUGUUCUUAACUCUCAUGACCAUUCAGCGUUACAUGGCAGUGGUUCAUCCUCUGUCUGACUGGGAGAAAUGCAGAGGCUUUUCAGUCGCUCCCUUCAUCGUUUGGAUCCUGAGCGGAGGGCUUUCACUGCUCGGAUCAUUUAAUAGCACGGUUAUACCACAUUUAAAUAGUACAUACUGUGAAUAUGGCAGUGUUGAAAUUAAAUCUGGCAUUGCUUAUUUUCAAAAUGCUUUCUUUUGCAUUGCAUUUCUAAUCAUGGGUUUUUGCUAUGGCAGAAUGCUUCAGACAAUAACAAAAAAACAGGCCAAAAAGAGACACAAGACUGUAAGACUAACAUUUGUUAUUGUGCUCGUGUUUUUUAUUGGUUGGGCCCCAUAUAACAUUGUUAUGUUCUUAAAAUCAUUGACAGAUCAGAAUAUCCAUCCAUUCACAGACUGCACAGUAAGCAUUAGACUCGACUAUGCAUAUUAUGCUUGCAGAAUGUUAGCUUUUACACACUGUUGCUUAAACCCAGCCUUUUUAUUAUUUGUAGAUACAAGGUUCUGUAAUAACUUGCGAGCAAUUCCAAGGAGGGUCAUAUGUAAAGAUUUAAGUCUAUGAAUAAUGCGCUUUGUUUUACUUGGCAAGAUAAUACUUGAAUCGUCAGAAAAAAAGCAUUGAAGAAGAAUGAAGAAUCUGGCUGCAGAUUGGAUCAAAUCAUUAUCAUCAUGGAACAUUAAACAGUGCUAUUUUUGUGUACAAGCUAGUUUUGAGUUCAUGCCAGCUUGAAUACACACAAAAAAUAUGUUCUGAAUAAAGUGUUUAUGAAUUUUUCAAUUACUACCACGUGAAAUUCCUGUAAAAGGAACCACAUGAGAACUGUCUGUGAAAAUGCAGAUUACGCAGUUUAGUUUUUUUUUGCAAUGAAAUUAGUGACAUUUUGUUCUUUCACGUGACAGAGUGUAAAUGUGGUCUGUGGAAGGAAGCACAGCAUCAUCAAUGACCUACAUAAACAGGAAAAUGGAAGAUUUGAGAUCAUAAACUUUUUUUAUGCAUUUACUUGUUGAUGUUAAUAACAAAACAAUAUUGCAGUCUAUACACUUUACAUGAGAUCCCUGUGACCAUAAUCAUCUUCAUAUAAACAACAUACUUCUACAACUUUUUAAAUGAAAAUAAUCAUGACAUAAACGCAUUUUUUAUCAAAUUUUUUUUUAUCAUCUAUUUACUGACUUUAAUCAUCCAUAUUCAGUCCUGCCGUUGAUUCAAAAGCAAGAGCUAGAACUAUGCAGCCUUUGAAUUGUGCCAUUUACUUCUUAACUUGGAAAUAAAGUGAAUAAUACGAACACCGUUAAAAACCAACAGUUUUGAAACGCCCAUUAACUGGCAACUACCCUAAAAUAUGUUACUAAGGAAUUGCUGCAACACAAAAAAAACAUGUAACUUUCGUUGUGAAAAUGAUUCUUUCAUUUCAUGUUUGAGGUAAAGAGGAAUGGCUAAGUUUUUAGGUUGACACAUUUAACCCUCCCAUUCAUCAUAAUAACGCUCAAAUAUCCCCAUCCAGUAGCCAGGAGUGCCAAAAUUAAGAAAGAGGAAGUUUCCCCAUCAGUAACCUAUAAAUUCUGAAAAGGUAAACCUCUUCCACAUUUGAUCUGCUCAGCUGUCUUGACGACACAACACAAAAAUAAAGGGGACAAAGCUUUUAUUUCCUAUCAACUAAGUUUGAUUUAGUUGGAGAAGAGACAGUGGAAAGAGCAG